AUGUUUACAGCACAGAGACGCUGCUCGCUCUGCGCAUGCUGUGACCGGUUGUAUCAAAGGUGGAGGACAGGAGGAUGGAGAUUUAGCGGAUGAGCGCUUAUUAACCCAAACCCUGCGGUAGAAUCACGGUCUAAAAUUAACUGAAUGAUGCGAUUAGUAUUGAACUACUCUGAAGAAGUGUUGUUAUUGAUGUUUAUGCUCCAUUAGGCCGUUAAACACCUCGGGUUGCGGUGGAAACGAGGACUAUGACAACAACAAUCAUCCUUUGUCUGCGCUAAAUGAGGAAACGCACAAUAGUUCUUUCUUCGUCAGAAAGAAGAAGCCCUUUUCUUCGCAGCAGUUAAUAUUUUGGUGUACUAAGCUUCAGUUUGUGCUUGUUUGGAGAAAAACAAAGAAAUGUCAUUGGAGGACAGAGCUGUAGACUAAACAUCUGCUGAGCUGAAGAUCUGCUUUUGACACCAUCAGAGUGGAGGUGAUUCAAUGCGAUGAAAGCUGUCAGGUGGUAUCUGUAGUAUCUUUAGGACUCAGUAUUAACUUUAAUGUGGUGCUGUGUAAUAUCAACUGGAUCAGCCUGAACCACAGGCCUCUGUAAACAGCUACAGGCCUGGACCGUCCUCUGUCUCUGUCAGUAGAUGCUCUUGUCGUUGACGCUCUUGCUGUUCAAGCUCUAUCAACAUUUCACCCUCAUGUUCAGCUCAGACAGACUCACUGUCCCGGAUUAUGUCAGCCGGCUGCAGAGAGGGAGGAGCGGCUCCGGCUGCGAGCCCAAGCCGGUCUCCCCGGGUCUCAGCGCCGACGUCCAGGCUGCCCUGAAGGACUCCCUCCCCGCCCUGCGGGAAGCCAUCAGGAGCCUCAAAUCAGCAAAGGAGAACUCAGAUUCAGACGAGACCCGCAGGGCCAUCGCGGAGAUCUAUCAGCUUGUGGAGGAGGCCUGGGUUCUACCCACCGUGGGCCGUCAGGUGGCCGAGGAGAUGUGCAACAGGAUCCGGUUGGAUGGAGGCCUGGAGCAGCUGCUUCAGCUGCAGCAGACAUCAGCUGUGGAGAUCAUCUAUGAGUCUGCAAAGCUGCUGGAGCAGAUCCUGAUCUCAGAGAACAGGGACUAUGUAGCACGCAUCGGUCUGGGGGUCAUCCUUAACUUGACUCGACAGCAGAACGAUGCCCAGCUGGCUCGCAGCGUCUCCGGCAUCCUAGAGCACAUGUUCAAACACACGGCGGAAACGUCCGUCCACCUCAUCUCCAAUGGUGCCCUGGACGCCCUCCUCUUCUGGUGUAGGGGCACGGACCCCAUCGUGCUACGUCACUGUGCCGUGGCACUGGCCAACUGCGCAAUGUACGGCGGCCACCGCUGUCAGCGAUGGAUGAUUGAGAAGCAGGCGGCCGAGUGGCUCUUUCCUCUAGCGUUUUCCAAAGAGGACGAGCUCAUCCGCUUCCAUGCCUGCCUGGCCGUGACAGUUUUGGCUGCAAACAGGGAGAUAGAGAAAGAGGUGGUGAAAUCUGGAACCUUGGAGCUGGUGGAGCCGUUCAUUGCCUCUUUGGAUCCGGAUGACUUCGCCCGCUGCUUAUUGGACAGUGCAGACUGCAUGCAGGGAAAGACAGCAUCUGACCUUCAGCACCUUUUGCCAUUACUAGAUGGCACGAGAGUGGAGGGAAAAUGUAUUGCGGCCUUUUAUCUUUGUGUUGAGACCAGUAUCAAGUCUCGCCAGCGGAAUACCAAGAUAUUUCAAGAGAUUGGUGCAGUGCAGAGCCUCAAAAGAAUCGUCAUGUACUCCAGUAAUGGCACGGCCUGCAGUCUCGCCAAACGGGCCCUGAGUAUGAUGGGAGAAGAAGUCCCAAAACAAAUCUUGUCUUGUGUGCCCAACUGGAAGACCUGCGAGGUGCAGACAUGGCUGCAGCAGGUUGGCUUCAGUGCCUACAGUGACCGUUUUCAGGAGCUUCAGGUGGAUGGGGAUCUCCUGCUGAAUGUUACAGAUCAAGAUCUGAGCUCUGAUCUCAGCAUGGCUGCAGGUCUCACCCGCAGGAGGUUUCUGAGAGACUUACGUGUGCUGAAGACCUACGCCGACUACUCCACAUGUGACCCCGACAACAUGGCUGACUGGCUGGCCGAGGUGGAUCCCCGUUUUCGACAGUACACCUACGGUCUGGUCCAGUCAGGAGUGGACCGCAACAAUGUCGAGAACCUGACUGACCAGCAGCUGCAGCUCGACUGCCACAUUGACAACGGAGUCCAUCGAGCAAAGAUUUUGUCCGCCACACGCAGGCCAUUAAAGCCGUGCCACACAGAUGCCCAGCCUCCAGGGCCCGAUGUGUUCAUCAGCUACCGUCGAACCACCGGCUCCCAACUGGCCAGCCUUCUUAAGGUGCACCUACAGGUCAGAGGAUACAGUGUUUUUAUAGAUGUGGAGAAGCUGGAGGCCGGUAAAUUUCAAGACAAAUUGAUUCAGAGCGUACAGAGGGCACGAAACUUCAUCCUGGUCCUGUCCGCCAGCGCGCUCGAUAAGUGCAUGGGCGACACUGCCAUGAAGGACUGGGUGCAUAAGGAAAUAGUCACGGCCCUGGCUGGUAAAAUGAACAUCGUCCCUGUCACAGAUAACUUCAUGUGGCCAGACCCCACGUCCCUACCAGAGGAUAUGAGACCUAUUCUCAACUUCAAUGGCAUAAAAUGGUCCCAUGAAUAUCAGGAAGCCACGAUCGAAAAGAUCAUCCGCUUUCUCAAAGGACGCCACGACACAACCGACGCCCCAGACGAAUCCAAAGAGCAGAAGAAGAAAUAAGGCAAUCCAAGCGCACCUAUAAAACUGUUUGUGAUACCAUCUUCCACAUGUCCAGUGAACGGCUGUCUGCCCGUUUUCCCUGCUCUGCCUAAAAGCAUGAGAAGUAUAUGUCUAGUCUGUUUACACAAACGCCUCACAAACAGAUUUAAUCCUUAAACAAUAAGAUUUAAAAAGGGAAUUCCAGUCUGUAUGUGACGACCUUUAAGCCUUUAAUGUCAUUCCUCACUAACUGCUGUAUUGGUGUAGCCAUUUUCAGCAUAUGCCUUCGGUAUCUCAGGAAAGUGAGCGAUAGACCAGCUGUCAUUGGCACCCAGCAACUUCAUCCAUAGCAAUUUCUGAAGGCUCCACCAACCCCUCAGUCUCAAAAGUUCUUGUAUAUGCAGUUAUUGCAGUAAUCCUUUCUGUAACAUGCAUAUAAAAAAUAAAUAAAUUAGCCAAGGCCUCUGA